GUCAUCGUUAAUCACGUUGACAGGAUGACGUGCUAGAUAUUUACCUUUUGCUGCACAUUAACAUUGCUCGUGAUUUUGUCCAAAGUAUGGCUGUGAUUAAGUGUUGCCGACGGCAGUUCGAUUUGAAUCUCAUAACAGUCGAGCCCGGUUUGUUUCUUUAUAUGCUGGCUUUCUUUCUGGGCAACCCAACCUUCCAGGCCUUUGUGUAUAACAAAGUGUGCAUUGACAAGUACAACGAGACUUUCUGCGACAGCCUUCGCAACAAGACGUUCCAAGAGGACCACAAAACAGAAGAGGAUUAUGUCCAGUCUGAGACGUCCUACUGGAUCUUAAAGAAAAACGUUGUAGAUCGAAUUCCGUCGUGUUUGAUUGUAGUGUUUAUCCUAGGAUCCUGGGGUGACAAAGUGGGUCGGAAACUACCUGCUAUUUUACCCAGUGUGGGAGCAACGUUGUCUUCCAUUGUGUACUUGCUUAUGUCCAUUUACCCUUCAAGUAAAGUGGAUUAUGUGAUGAUUGCUGGUGCAGUAAAUGGUCUGUCUGGGGGGUUUUCGGGCCAGUUGAUGGCUGUGUACAGCUACGUGACGCACAUUGCUGAUCCCACCAAUAGAACUACGCGAUUAGGAUUCAUAGAGGCUGUUAACUUUUUAGCUGGAACAGUUGGUGUCUUCAUAUCGGGAGUGAUGUUGGACAGUACGAGUUUCACAUUCGUCUUCGCUUUCAUAACUGGGUCUUCGUUCAUAGGACUUGUAUACGCUAUCAUACGUCUAGAGAACCUAACGGCCAGCACAACACGACCCGAGGGUGAAAGUUUCUGCGAGUAUUGGUUUCUUGGAUCUCUCAAGGAGUCUGGUCGUUGUGUGAUGAAGAAAAGGGAAGGAAAGAGAACUCUGUACAUCUUCUUACUGCUCAUUGUCUUCAACCUCCUUGUUAUCGGAACAGUGAGUGAAGGGGACGUCCUCCUCCUGUACACAAGGCGAGCUCCACUCAGCUGGUCACAGACAACGUUGGGUUACUAUCAGGGUCUGGAGAACUUACUUCGUAGUAUAAUGAUGUUCACAGUUCUGCCACUAUGUAGGAAGUUGAGGAACACCACUUUAUCACUCUGGGGCUUCACGUCCAAAACCAUCGGUCUGGUGGUAUUGGGACUCAGCAAACGGACAUGGCAAGUCUUUAUAGUGUCACCGAUUUCCAUGUUUCAAGGCUUUCCACUGGCUGUUCUUCGGUCAACCAUGUCGAGUUUGGUCAGCCAGGAUGAACAUGGGCGCAUGUUUGGACUCGCGGCUGCAGUGGAUAGCCUUGGUGGGUUGAUGGCAUCUGUGAUUUUCAAUGCUCUCUACCCAGCAACCCUUGAUUUCUUCCCUGGCUUCAGCUUCAUGCUGGCUGCUGGUCUGUGUGGCGUUGCUACAGGGAUUUUGCUGUGGCUUCAUUUUGUUCUGAAAAGACUGGUGCUCAAUGAUACUAUAAUUACAAAAACCGUGACAGAAGACACAGGUGACAUUAGCAAAGAGGACAUUCAGGUGGAGACUGCGACGACUCACUUGUAAAAGUCAUCAGUCACAACUCGGGUAGAUGUAGAUCUUUUGCCUUCAAAAUACAAAUAGUUCAAACGGAUCAUAUUAAUUAAUAUGUUCGAGAAAUACACAAUACUCCAGAUAGAUCAGGUUCGAGUGUUAAGACACUGGAUA